AUGAAGGCGACUCGCUACGAGACGAUUAUUGAGGAGACAACGGAUGAGAACGGACGAUUGGUCGCUCCUCAACAACUCGUUCCAUACGAGACGUUUCAGUUGGAGGACCCAACACCAUCAACAGUCAGCUGGUACUGUCUUCCAGUCGGAUUCGUUGCCGCCGUUGUCGCUGAGUGUGCCGAAACAUGCAUGAAGUUGUUCGGCUUCUGUAGUCGUAACGUUGAAGUAUAA